UUGCAUAAUAAAAUUAGUCUAAAUUAUUAUAUGUAUUUAUAUAAACAAACUAUUGGCAAAUACAACACUUUUUGUUUUGAUUGUUUUGGUGUGUUGAGCUAUGGAUGUUUCUGUGAGAAAUUCUCUCAAUCCCAAUAAACUUCUCAAAGAAGAAUUUGUUAGCAACUUGACCGGAUCUUCUAUGAUCGAAAUCGCAGCGCUUUCAGCAAUUAUACCCGUUCUUGUACUUCUUCGGCACUCAUUCAGCUCCACCAAUGUGGUUGAUCAUACUGCUGCAAAUGCUUCAUUGAAGAAAAGUGAUGGUCUAGUUAUUCGCUCAAAGAGUUUGAAGCGAUACUUAGCUGCAAUUGCUGUAGAUUUUCUUAUUAUUGUGAUUCCCACUCUCUUGUUUUUCACGGUUCUAGCAGAUUGGUCAUGUUUAUGUGCGAUUUUAUUGAUCUUGCUGUUAUUAUUAUUGAUUGCAGCCAAAGGAAUGCUCAAUCAUUCUCCAACAUGGGAAGCAGGAAACCAAAGUCUAAGGGCAAAUAUUUCAUCUUUUAGGGUUGUUGUGAUGAUCACAACAUGCUUGUGUAUAUUAGCUGUUGAUUUCAGAAUAUUUCCUAGAAGAUAUGCUAAGACAGAGACUUACGGUACAAGUCUGAUGGAUCUUGGUGUUGGUUCAUUUGUGCUGGCAAAUUCAUUAGUUUCUCGGCAGGCACGUAAUGCCUUAUCCACACCACGGAAAGGUGCAUUAAAAUCUGUUUUUCCUCUUCUCAUUCUAGGAUUUAUUCGUCUGAUAACUACUUCUGGUGUAGAUUAUCAGGUUCAUGUAGGAGAAUAUGGAGUGCACUGGAAUUUCUUUUUCACACUUUCUGCUGUAUCAGUUCUUACCACUGUCAUUAAUAUUCCUCCACAAUAUUCUGGAAUUUUUGGUUCAAUAAUUCUAGUAGGGUACCAGUAUUGGUUGAUAUAUGGUGGGCUAAAUACUUAUCUUCUUUCAAAUCAGAGGGGAUCGGAUAUGAUCAGCCAAAACAAGGAAGGACUUUUUAGCAUAUUUGGGUAUUGGAGUAUUUAUCUUAUUGGUGUGCAGUUGGGAAACUCUCUAUUCUUCGGAAAAAAUUCAACUGCUACACCAAGGAGCAAGAGAAGAGCAAGAAUUAUAGUUUGGAUUCUUGCUGUUUUCUUUUGGAUGACAACCUUGUUUCUGGAUUCCUAUGUUGAGAGAGUUUCUCGUAGAAUGUGCAACCUGGCAUAUGUCACUCUGGUACUGGCACAAAAUUUACAGGUUUUGGCAAUAUUAAUGCUUUCUGGUUAUGUCGCUGGGAAUGAUACUUCAGUUCUAGAAGAAGCAUUAAACAGCAAUUUAUUGGCAGCAUUUCUUUUGGCAAACUUGCUCACUGGACUAGUUAACUUAUCGGUUGAUACCCUGUCCACAUCAUCCAUCUCGGCUUUAUUUAUUUUACUUGUUUAUGCAUUUAUUUUAUCCAUUGCAAUGGGAUUGGCCAAUUUCAAUGGCAUUAGGUUGAAGUUUUGGUAGGUUAGAUUGUUAGUUAGAUUGUGAUAGUAUGACAUGUUUCUUCUAUUGUAAGUUUGAGACAACAAAGUAUCAUCGGACAAUUUUGUAAACUACUUUAUGGAACAGAAGAAUUUUUUUGAGACAAAACAAGAGAGUCCAUAAGGACUUCGAUUCAGAAAACUUGGGAUGACAGAUAAUGUUAUGAUACUAAAAAUACACUACAAAAAUAGCUGUAAGAUGUAGAGAUCACACCACCAGCAAAUCUCAUAAGGGGCAGUUGGAAUUCUCAAGCAAAAUCUUGGUUUCAGAGUUUUCUACCAAGGGAUGAUUCUGAUGUUGAAACUGAGUGGGUCUAUGAUUCUUCAGGUUGGCUUUCAACAAUGUCUUCUUUUGGGGUUUCUGAUUCAUUGACACUUCUUUCACUGAAUUUCAGGCGAAGGGGUCUUCCCAUCAAUUCCUGUAGAGGGAAAAUGUAAAGCAUUUCAAAUCUGUUAGGAAGGAAAGAAAUUGAACGUUCCACUUGCAUUAGGGGCGAAAGAAAAUGUGUCAUAGUACUUGAGUUACUUUUCAGGUUUUGAAGUAUUAGUUCAAGUUUUCAUUUUUUUUUUUUUUUGUGUUGAUUUAAACAUGAAUAAUCUGUGUAACUAACACUUGUAACUCUUCUUUCCCCUUCCUUUCUACUAUUUACAUUGAGGAAUUCAAUCUUAA